CCACUAAUAUCCUUUCAAGCUUUCAAUAUUCACUGGGCAUGCUAUUAAAUAAUAAUAAUAAUAAUAAAGAAGAAGCAAGUUCAAGCUAUAUAACACUUAUUAUUAAACUAAUAUAUAAUUUUCUUUGAUUUAUUAUAGUUCUCAAAAGAAUGGCUGCAAUAAGUUCUCACUCUUCUUCUUCAUUGUAUCCUAAUUUUCAAUCGUCACCAUUAUUUUUCUCUUCCAAAUCUACUAGAGAGCAUACUUUAUCCUUUUUCACCAUUAGAACAAAUGGGUCUUUGAGAGGAAGAUUAUCAGCACAAACAGUUCCAGGGGUAGGCCUAAGAGUCCAAAACGCAGCAACCAAACCUGCAAAAUCACCAGCUGAAGAAGAAUGGAAGGUUAAGAGAGAGGUUCUUCUGCAGAAAAAGGUGAGGAGUGUUGAUGUCAAGGAAGCUCUUCGCCUUCAGCAAGAAAAUAACUUUGUGAUUCUUGAUGUUCGCCCAGAAGCAGAAUUCAAAGAGGCUCAUCCACCAGGUGCCAUAAAUGUGCAAAUAUAUAGGCUUAUAAAGGAAUGGACAGCAUGGGACAUUGCUAGAAGAGCUGCAUUUGCAUUUUUUGGCAUCUUUGCAGGCACAGAAGAGAACCCUGAGUUUAUACAGACUGUGGAAUCAAAGAUAGAUAAAAACGCAAAGAUAAUAGUGGCUUGCUCAUCUGGGGGUACUAUGAAGCCAUCCCAAAAUCUCCCUGAAGGCCAACAGUCAAGAUCACUGAUAGCAGCCUACCUUCUAGUUCUCAAUGGUUACACAAAUAUCUUUCAUUUAGAAGGAGGCCUUUACACAUGGUUCAAAGAGGGGUUGCCAUCAGUCUCUGAAGAGUAAACCACCCUCUAUUUUCUGCAGAAGCUAAAGUUUUGUCCCAUGUCAAGAUGAUAUCACUAACUCAAUUUUGGUCCAUGGAUAUGUUAUUUGAGACAUUCUUUGGGUCAAAACUGAAUUUCAAUCCUACUGAAGCUUAAGAAUCUCAUGUAAAGUUUUAGCUUAGAAUUAGAAUUCAUGUGAAAUAGUAAUAUUGAGAAUAAUUCUACUUCAAAUCCCCUCCCCUUAAGAAUUUCGACCUUUCAUUCAAGAAAAAUCCUCUUAGCAAAAUUCUGAUAUCAUCAAUGAAGAUGGCAUGAGAAGCAUAAUUCAAGUUCA